UGGUGAUGUGGGGGUUGUAGCAAGCUGGUGAUGUAGGGGUUGACACAUAUCGGGGAGGUUUCUCUGGGAUUAGGAAUUUAGAGGUUUUUCAUUCUCCGAGCUGGUGAGCUUCGGAUGUUGUUAUAGUCGAAAUGUUGGAUUUAGCCGUGAAGGAUGUCACUCACUGCCAGUUUCUUUUGUCACUGUUGAGGAGCCAUGUUGCAGAAAAUACUGCUGUUGUUUUUAUCUGGUCUAACCUGCAUGAUAACAUAAAGAAAGAACCAACAUGGCUCCAGACAGACAAGUCCGGCACUGAAUGGUGACAGCCAGACAGGGACCACCAGCAGGACUGUUGACACCUGCUAACCUUGUGCGACCUUGACCUAAUUAAGUGACCUGUGAACUUUUUGCAUGCCCAGGAGGUAAUCACUCACAAAUCAGUAUGGGGUGUUUACAAUCCACACCUAAAAAAGACUUUGACGACCCCUCCAGCAUUGGAGAUGGGAAAGGGAUGGAUAAUCUCGACAAGCAGAACGACAAAGGGAAGAAGAAAGCCCGGAACAGCUAUGAUAAGGACCCCACCAGCCUGCGAGUAAACCCAUCAGCAUUCAGUGCCACAGCGAAGCUGUUGACAGCGCUGUACGACUAUGAGGCCCGGUCUAAUGAUGACCUGUCGUUCAGGAAGGGGGACCAGAUGGAGCUGCUUGACGAAAGUGAUGGAGACUGGUGGCUGGCCAAGCAUGAGAACGGUCAGGAGGGUUACGUCCCAAGCAACUACGUGGCCAUGGAAAAUACACUGGAGUCUCAAGAAUGGUUCUUUGGGAAGGUCACAAGGAAGGAAACGGAGCGUCAGCUGCUUCUUCCCGGGCUUCGCCCCGGAACCUUCCUCAUCCGAGAAAGUGAAACAUGCCCAGGUGCGUUUGUGUUGUCUGUGCGAGACAAUGACGCGGCGAAGGGGAACUGCGUGAAGCACUACAAGGUGCGCAACAUGGACAGCGGAGGCUGCUACAUCACCCCGAGGAAGACCUUCACCAACCUGAUAGAGAUUGUCAACCACUACCAUGAUAAUUCGGACGGUCUCUGCCAGAAACUGACUGACUCAUGUCCAAAACCAAAGCCUGUGAUGGAGGACUUGUCCCGGGAAACCAAAGACACCUGGGAAAUUCCUCGUGAAUCUUUGACUCUCGCCAAACGUCUUGGUGCUGGUCAGUUUGGAGAAGUAUGGAGAGGUAAAUGGAUGAACUCGACCGAUGUUGCCAUUAAGACCCUGAAGACAGGGACAAUGACAUCGGAAGCUUUCCUGGCUGAGGCCGCCAUCAUGAAGAUGUGCAAGCAUGACAAGCUGGUGCGCCUGUACGCUGUGUGCACCAAGGAGGAGCCCAUCUACAUCGUCACCGAGCUCAUGAGCAACGGUGCUCUGCUGGAGUAUCUGCGAGAAGGUGACGGCAAGACCAUGGAUAUGAUGCAUCUUAUAGACAUGGCGGCACAGAUUGCCAAUGGUAUGGCGUUCCUGGAAAGGAUGAAAUUCAUUCAUCGAGAUCUGGCUGCCAGAAACAUCCUGGUGGGAGACAACAACAUCUGCAAGGUCGCCGACUUUGGCCUGGCCAAGGUCAUUGAGGAUGACGAAUACAAUCCGAAACAAGGAGCUAAAUUCCCCAUCAAGUGGACUGCCCCGGAAGCAGCACUCUACGGCAAGUUCACAAUAAAGUCAGAUGUGUGGUCAUAUGGUAUACUACUGAUGGAACUCAUCACACGAGGACAAGUGCCUUACCCUGGUAUGAGCAACCGGGAUGUACUGGACCAGGUGGAGAAGGGCUACCGCAUGCCGAGACCGCGACUUUGCCCUGAAGGAGCAUAUGACACCAUGUUAAAAUGCUGGGACAAGAAGGCUGACAAUAGACCCACAUUCGAGUAUCUCUUCACAUACUUUGACGAUUUCUUCAUCUCGUCAGAGGGAAGCUAUAAGGAGACAGAUUAAAGACACAUCCUCUUAGGAUGUCUGCUAUUCAACCAUUAGUGCUUCGUUGAUGUUAAACAAAACCUGGCACUGAAGACAUUGUGUUUGUUAUGCCAUGCGUCAAAGAUGCUGGUGUAUUUGACAAAACAUGUUUUGUUUUUUAUCCCAUUACUGUAACAGUAUAUGUGGGAUCUUUGUCAUUUUUGUAAUGAAAUCAUACAAGGAUCAUCCUGUUCAAAAAGAGACUAUGUUUUGUUUUUACUAACACGACAAGUGAAGUGACAUAUUGAAUUUUGCGAAUUUCCUGUAACUUACAGUUAUGUCAAUUCCUGGGAUAAUAAGUAGUGUGACAUACUAAACUUAUUUAUUUGUAAAUUUGAAUAUUUUGGAAUCGAUUGACGCUUUUCAAUUAUGUCUUCCUGUUACAACAUGAACGUGUCUCUAAAUCUUGCCAUGGAUGAGUUUUAUACCACAGUUGUCUCAAGGUAGGGCUUGUAUUCACGACAGGAACCAACUCCUGGAACAUUGUUCUUUUGGUGAAUUUUGUUUUGCAAAACUGAUGCAAUGCCAUUUUGUCACGUUAGAAAGUUGACAUGAAGAUCACAGGUCAAGGACCACUUGCCGUGUGCCAUGCCUAUGACCAUGUUAAUACUGUUGGGAACUUGGGAGAAGAUUAUGUUUAGAAUGACCAUGAUAUAUCCUGAACAUUUUUUUAAAUAUUAUUUAUCAACAUUGUAUAUGCAGAAAGCUGAAGAUAUUUUUACAAGGAAGGUAUGGAAACCUAUGGAGUUUUAGGAUAUCAGAUGGUGAAUAUCAGAACAAAGUUUGAGAUUGUUUAUUUACUGUUGUAUCAUGUAUAUUUCGAGUGUAUUCGGUCAGACAUUUUAGUUCAUAUUUCAACUUACUUGAUAAUUACAGGUAUUUUUUUGUUGAUUUAUCAUGUUUAUGUUUACACCUGCUUGAUGUAUACAAACCAGUCAACUCUUCUAGUUUGUAUAAACUUCUCACCUAUUUUCACGGAAUGGUUUUCUGUCUUUUCAAGUAUUACCACAAGCUUUCAGUACUUUGUGCAAUUCAUUAUGUUUGUUGAGAUUUGAUAGUAAGGGAUGACUUCAUUUUUUCAAAUUAUCAUUUGACAAUGUCCAUUUUUGUUGUUGUGUAAAUCUGAUUUCAAGCAGGCUCUGAUUCAGAUUCGAACAUUUUGAAAAAGUUGUCUAUGGAUGGAUGUUGCAUUUUGCAGCAUGAAACAGCCUACACUCAUUCCAUAAAUGAAGGAAGGCAUGAAAUUGUCGUUUCACAUUUCUAUUUGAUGAAUAACGCCAACUCUCAGUUCAACUUCAGCAACUUAAUGUAUCUGCGAAUCACCAUGAAGUGUAGGUCUUUUUAGGAUCCACCAUAGUGCUUGGCGAUAAGGGAGAUAACUUCCCAAAUCACUAAUAUGCAUGCCACUAGAAAUUACACUAAUGUCUUUUAAGGCCUAUGGAGAUGAAGGAUGGUAAAGUCACAAAACUGAAAAUGAUUUUGAAUAUUAUGAACCAUGUGAGACCUCUUACUGUGCUUUAUGUAAAAUAUGGGAGAGAUUUCAAAGGAUAUACAGGUGCUUUUUGACAGAAAUGAAGCAAGCCUUAUUUCAGAUGUGGUUGUGGCCUUUACUCUCUCAGGUAUGGCGCAAGAACUUCUAACAUUUUCAGCCUGUGUUGCAAGAUGGGACGAUUAUUGACUCUGAAUGUGAUGAUUUUAUGAGAUUGGAUUGUACAGAAACAAAUUGAGUUUUGUCGGUACCAAAUAUUUGCCAUACUCGCUAACUAUUGAAGCAGUCAAUAUUCAUUGUGCCGUUUCUGAACAAAAGCUGUCUUAAUAGAAAAUGAUGCAAUUGUUCAUGUAUGCAAUCAGACGUUUUAAACAUCAUGUACACUUAUGAUCUUUGGUAGAUCUCUACAGGUUUUAUUAAACAAUACCAGGAGUGAAAUUAUUAAUUCAUAAUUUAAAUUGCAUAUUUAUGUAUUUAAAAAAAUAUAUUUUUGAAUUACUAAAUCAAAAGGAACACUAUAGUUCAAGUUCAAGUAUUUUAAGUGUCAUUGAACUCUUUACAUCUGAUCUAUCAAAUACCUUAUUUUGAAGAGAUAUAUGAUUAUUAUGUCCUACGAUUGUACUGUGUUUUAAGCAUUUCUUCAAAGCAGAGCUAUUUUGAGGAUUAGCUAAGAUCAUUUGGUAGUAAAUUGUCUGUGGUUUUAAUCAUUUUCAAAUUUCAUAUAGCUGUGGCCACUUUAUGUGUACAUUGUGAAUUUAUGCUAAUUUUUAAUGUACCAUAUAUAUUUAUGUUUUAUCAAGUAACCUAUAUUUUAGAAGCACAUUGUUUUUAAACGGGUAUAAGUCCCAAACUACUUAAACAACCACAAACUCUAGCAUUCCCGCUUACAGUUUCCAGCUGUAGUCACGUACGGAUCAAUCACAUCUUUAUAGAUCUUUUAUUUUGACAGACAGUUGUAUGUUUACAUUUUGUUGCCACUGUUUGAAGAUAUGAUUAUUCCCCUUUGUAGCCAAUCCAGUCAACCUGAAACAACCGAAGGGGCGGUCGGGUAGCCUAAUGGUUAAAGCGUUCGCUCGUCACGCCGAAGACCCGGGUUCGAUUCCCGACAUGGGUACAAUGUAACAUGUAACAUGGGUAACAACAUGUUAAUUCAUUUUAUUUCUGUUUGGGAUAAAACAAAAUCAACUUCAACAGCUUACGUACCAUUCUUAUACACAUAAGCAGAAAAUAGAAGUUGUUAUUUUAUUGCACCCAUUUGCAAAAUACAUCAUUGCAACUUAUCCUUUUCAUAGAUGUAUUUUGAUUGUGUCAAGUGCCUAGCUAUAUUUGAAAGCAGUUGAGCAGUUAUUUUUUAGGUAUUGACCAACCUUUCUAUGAUAUCUGAUUCCCGACAUGGGUACAAUGUGUGAAGCCCAUUUCUGGUGUCCCCUGCCAUGAUAUUCCUGGAAUAUUGCUUAUAUUGCUGAAAGAGGCGUAAAACCAUACUCACUCACUCACUCACUCGCUCUUGGCAAGCUUGUAAAGAUAUUGUCAUUGUGAGUGAAGCAAUAAAUUUAGUGCUCAUCAAUGAUAAACUUUAAUUGUAAUUGUCUGUAACAAUUGUUUAAGGUGCCUGAAAUAAUUUUGAAAUAUAAUUUUUAUAAUUUAUGAGAGAAUUGAUAUAUGAUCUGAUGUGUAUGAAAUUUGUCAUAUUUUUCCAUACAUCGAAACAGCAUUCUUAUACUACAAGGACUGGGAUGGGUAACUCAGUAACUCAGGUUGAGGGUGGAAGAGAGAGAGAGCGUUGGGGUGUACCAACACAACUACCCUGACCUGUGGUUAGUCACUUGAUAUAUUUUUUAAUGACAUUAGCAAUGAAACUAAUAUUGCUAAUAUUCACAUUUCUUUCUGACUAUGCAAUCAUUUAUUCAGACUUUUAUAUGUUGCCACAUAUAGGGCUGGAUAGUAGGGUAUCGAUGAGGGUACAAAGAGUCACAUUUUUCGGUUUGAGUAAAGUGCAAUUUUUGUCAAAAUAAUUUUGUUUGUCCAACAAAGAAUACAUUUAGGGUUUAGUCAGUCAUAGAAAUACAUGUCAAGAAUAAUAGAGUUACCUGCCCUUGUCAUGUUAGAAACCAAGCUCCUCACAGUGAUAGUACGUUCCCGGAGCUCUCUAUACUAUCGAGAGUGUAACGAAGGUGUCACGCGCUGGGAAGAAGCUUGGUUAGAAACUGACAUGGUGCAAAUGAGAAAUGGAGACUUUAUUUGGCCUCAUAACAGAAGGACCCUAACUAGCAUGAAUCAAUGAGUGAUGGUGUGAGUGGAGGUCGAAGCGAUUUCUGAAGUACCAUCAGUACGACUCUAAGAUUCAUGUCUACAGUGUAAUACAGAUACCGUCAACCCUAGGACCUGGGUGCCAUUGUACAAAGGGAUCUUAGUGCUAAGGCUAUCAUAACUCCCAUACCUUAAGGAAGGCCUAGGAUCAUCGCAGCGCUAAGGUUGUUUUGUACAAUGGCGGCCCCGUUUCACAAAGCAAAUUUAGAAGUAAGACGAUUGUAACUCCAGUACUUUAAUAUAGACUUACGACAAUCAUAACGCUAAGAUCAGGGCCCUUUCCCCCAAAGCGGUGUUAGGACUUCACUUCAUGUUAUGGUAUGGGCGUUAUGAUGGUCAUGAAGCUAAGGUAGUUUUGAGGAGCGAGUUAGCAAACUCAGGUUGUUUGUAUCUGUAGGUUGUCAUUCGGUCGUAGUAUUGACUAUUGGGGUCACAAAUGGGUUGUAUGUACUCAAGCAGCAUUGAUAUGUCAGCUAUAUUUCACUGAAACGAGAAACCUUAAUUUAUUACAUGAAUUUACUGGGUCCGAUUGUUAUUGGGGCAUAAAUGGGUCAGUAUAUAAGGUGGGUUUAUUUGGGUCCGAUUAUUAUAAAGCGUGUUUUUUUAAUAUUUGUUUUACGUAUCUACUUAUACCAAUUUUACAAAUGUGCCAUCAUAAUUUUGAGUCUCUUAUUUUUUCUCCAUCAAAUCUGUCAACUAUUUUGUUUUAAUUAGAUGAAGAGAAGUUUUCUUUGACUUUCAUUGAAAAAAUGUGUUUGAUUUUGUUCUUUUCUAUUUCGCCUUUUCAACAAUUUGUUUUUAGAGAUUACUUAAUUUAAUUCCUUUUUAGACUGCCGAAGGUUUGGGAACAGAUAUCCGUAAACCAAGCGAUUAAAACAAAAUAACCUAAGGACUCAAAUGGUCCAAUUAUAAAAAGGGCUGAAUUAGUGGGGUUAUAAGAAAGGGAUUAACGGGGAGUGGCGUGUUAAUAUACAGUCAUGACUAAAUGCGGUAUAAGCACAUCUGCUGGGUCACCAAGAUAUACAGUUUCUACUCCAGCAACACAUAUAUAUAGGGCAGAGAACAAACUACUUGUGUUUUUCUGUUACAUUUCUGUACAUAGUUGCCUCAGACAAUGAAGUGAAGUUCUUUCCAUCAGUGUGAAGAACUUAAGAGAACACUGUUAAUAUUCUUGAUCUAUUUCUGUCAUUAUCAAUAAAGGCUGAGACGAGGAAAAUAUCUGUUUGUUACCUAACAUGAUUUUGAAACCUAGGAAAAUAAAAAUAACUAAGUGUUAUUGAUUCUGUUUGAGUCUUAAUUUAUCAAUUGCAACUUGGACAGUAAUAUUGUACACUGAAUCAUGUUGAAAAUAUCAUCUUUUAAUAUAAAUACAAACAUCUACCCAACAAGAGAGGGUACGGGCAGAGCAGAUAUCUUUUACGAUGGCCUGGUCUUUAUUCCACAUCAGUGACAGGAAUUAUUGUGGACGGAUGCAUGUUGACAGUGUUCUUUUAAUUACCAUUGAAAUUUUGCUUGUAAAGGAUCAUCUUGCCAAGGAAAGGUAGUAAACUGACUGUAAGAGUCCAGUUUCCACAUGGAAACUGGACUUUUGUGGUCAGUUGUCUCCCUUGCUUCGGGAAGAUGGUAAUGGAUCCAUGGUUGACAUGGAUGAACCAGCUGGUUAGCCAAGGGUGUACAAUUUACAAGAUUGUCAUCCAGGACUCUGUAGUGUGGUUUCUUAUGCUCAAACUACCUUGUACAUAUAAUAUAUCUUUCCAGGUUCAACCACAGACAAUGAUAAAUGUCAAUGUAAUGUUUUUUUAAUAUACAAGUAUUUGUCUUUUUAAUUUUGCUUUGUUAAUUUUAUAGAUUAUUUGCCUGUAAUCAGAAUUGUUGACGUUUUUUAUAAUGAUUUAUGCGUUUUUCUACAGAUAACAAUCUAUUACAUGUCUAUGAUGCAUGACUACGUUUUGAUACCUUGUACAUAUCUCAAAUUCAUCCUCAGUCUAAAUAAAUACAAAAACAAUGGAA